AUGGGUACGGACGAUUAUUCAGUUUUUUUGCUCCAUGAAGGAAGUUACGCGAGAUCCCCUGACUAUGUAUAUCGAAAGUGUAAUACAGUACUCAUUCGUGGUCCAGCAGGUGCCUAUGUGGUAAACCCUGGGUCUGUUUGGAAUGGCCCUGAGUUGUUAUCAUCCCUCAAAGCUGCGGGAAUUCACGAACCUGAAAAGGACAUCAAAGGUGUUAUAUGUACAGAUGGUCAUGCUGAACAUGUUGGUUGUAUGAGUACAUUCAGUUGUGCCGACAUAAUGAUUGUUGGAUACGACAUACAAACGCGAGGCGACAAGUUCUUGGAGCAUGAUUUUGCUUGUGGAAUAACACCGUAUGAAUUUGAUGAAAAUUUUUGUGUUAUCGGAACUCCUGGCCGGAGAGGUGCACAAGUCAGUUUGGUAGUAAAUGGUCGUCUCAUAGAGUUAAAGACGGGUGAGUGUCGUGAAUCAUGUUGUAUAGCUGUUACUGGGAACUUGUUUAUGGAUGUCCAAGAUGCUAGUCGUGUAAGCUUUCUUGACACGAUGGAUGGGAAUCAUGGAGAAAGUAACUGUGACAAAGAAAAUUUGAUCAAUAUUUGGCGUCAAAGCCGUAUGUUAAUUUUGGAGCGAGCUCAUUGGGUAGUUCCUGCUUAUGGUCCUCCCUUCAAGGUUAAACCGGAAUAUACUUUAACACCAUGUGCUAAUAAAUUACAUCAACAUAUCAUUCAUCAAUUUUCAUGUAGUUUAAAGAAACCUACAUCUAAUUUCUAUUCCAAAUAUCUUUAUCAAUACAAAUUAAAAAAACAAAAUAAACUAUUAACUGCUGCAGCUAUUGAUGCAUGUAAUUUAAAACCUGGUGAUGAUGUAUUAGAAAUUGGAUUUGGACAGGGUUAUGGUAUUAAAUUAGCUGUUGAAUAUGUUGCUCCUAUUACAUUUAAUCAUUGGAAAUCUUCACGAAUUAAAUUUAUAUUAGAAAAUGUUAUAUCAACAUCAACUAUUCAAUCGAAUAGAUUUAAAAAUGAUGGUCAUGUUUAUGGUAUUGAAAUUUCGGAAUAUAUGCUACAAAAAGCAAAUAGGAAACUAUGGCCCCUUACUAAAACUGAUUGUAUUGACUUACAAUUAAGAAGUGUACAUCAUCUUGAUUAUCCUCCAUCUUCAAUGAAUGCUUGUUUUCAUGUGAAUUGUUUUUAUUUCUGGCCUUCUUUAACGUAUUGUUUACAAAAAAUUUGGAGAAUUCUACGUCCUAAUGGACGUCUUGUAACUACUUUUCAAAUAAAUCAGUUAAUUGAUUUAAAUCAACGUGGAUGGUUUCAAUAUGGUAAUCCUGAUCCUUUAAUUUAUGUGAUGGCAUUAGAAACAUGUGGAUUUAAUCAAAUUGAAUGGUUAAAACAACAAACAAAAUUCAAUUUAAAUGAAGCAUAUGAUUGUAUUAUAGCUCACAAACCAUCUAUACCAUUAUUAAGUGCUUCAAUCUCAUAG